AUGAGUCGACCAAUGAAUCAGCAAUUCGAUUGCAGUGCCUACACUGUAGGCUGGCUUUGUGCCAAUACUGCAGAAGUCAAUAUCUCUCGAAGGUUUUUGGAUGAAGAAUAUGCACCACCACCGCCACAGCCAAAGGACGAGAACGGUUACAUUGUUGGGCGAAUGGGAAGUCACUACUUGGUGAUUGCCUUUCCUCUUGUCGCAUCUUCUGGCCCGGUUGCCAUCGCCUGCACCGUGGCGCAUAUGACUCGAACGUUCUAUAAUAUUCGAUUUGGGUUGAUGGUUGGUACUGGAGGAGGAGCGCCUUCAGCACCCCAUCCUACCAAUCCAUUAAAUGACAUUCGACUUGGUGAUGUUGUGGUCAGUCAGCCCAGUCAAUCUCACGGCGGAGUAGUACAAUACGACAAAGGCCGGUGGACUGGUGAUGACAAUUUUGAGAUCCGAUCUCACCUAGAAGGUCCACCCAGGUAUUUGUUAGGAGCUAUGGCAGCACUCCAAUCAGAUCACCAGUCAAGACUUGACAAGAUGAUGGAUUACUUCCAGAUCGCGGCCACAAAGUUCAGCAGAUCAGCAGCACCGGAAUUUCGCUUUCCUGGCCGUGGCCAGGAUCGGCUAUACAAGCCAUCUCAUCUGCACAAAGGGAAUGAAGGGAGUGAUUGCUCAGCCUGUGGAACGGCUGCAUUGCAACCGCGACUUGAGCGUCAAUCAAAUCACCCUGCUGUACACUAUGGACUCAUAGCAUCGGGCAAUGCUACCAUGAGGUCUGCUGCCCACCGUGACCGUUUGAGAGACACAUGGGGUGUACGUUGCUUCGAAAUGGAAGCCGCGGGAUCUGGGAAUAGAUUUCCAUGCGUUAUCAUCAGGGGAAUUGCCAACUAUUCUGAUGACCAUAAAAAUAAGCAUUGGCAGAACUAUGCGACGGCGACGGCGGCCGCUUAUGCAAAAGAUCUCCUGCGACACGUUCGGCCAGAAGAAGUCUUGAAUUCACAGGUUGCGUCUCGAAUUAUGUGA